GUCGUAGUUCAUGACGUCAUUAGGAUGCGCCUCAGUUUUGACACACUUCCACUGUCGCGCUUUUAAUGCAACUAGUAAAUUAGUGUGUUUAAAACGUCCUUGUUGGAUUAAAACGUUUACAUGUAAGAUACUAUCAGUUACAUUAAUGCGACUGGGGGUAAAAUAAUGGCGUAUACGCAGAUAUUAAAAGUGCUGAAUCGGAGUUUAAAGCCAAAAGCCGCCACGCAGACGUGUCGACUGGCAGGUAGCUUGUUGAUCCGCACACUCAGGACACAGACAGCCGUGACGACGCUGACCUUCAAUGCCAGGUUCCAAGCUCCUGCGUCUUACUUCCACGCUUGUAGCUGUUUUCUACAGCCACGCAAAUACAUCCAUAUCGACUACAGAGCGAGGAAUAAAAGCGAGGAGAAGUCGCUUUCCAAACACCAGAGAGGGAGCCCCCAGCCAUCAGCUGCACGCAAAGUGAAAGAAGCCGGCAGAGAUUUCACCUACUUGAUAGUCGUACUCAUCGGGCUUGGAGUGACAGGUGGGCUUCUGUAUGUGGUCUUCCAGGAACUCUUUUCUUCCUCCAGUCCGAAUAAAGUCUACGGGAAAGCUUUUGACAAAGUCCGACUACACCCUGAGGUAAUUGGCGCAUUCGGAGAGCCAAUUAAGUGUUACGGCGAGACGACCCGUCGAGGAAGAAGGCAGCAAGUCAGUCAUUUAGAGUACCUGAAGGAGGGAUUAAAGCACAUGAGGCUGAAGUUUUACAUUGAAGGAUCAGAACCAGGUCUCAAAGGCACUGUGCACUCUGAGUCCAAAGAGAAUCCUGAAACAGGAAAAUAUGAGUUCCGGUACAUAUUUGUUGACAUCGACACCUACCCAAGGCGGACCAUCAUUGUGGAAGAUAACCGAUAAUAAUAACUAAAAGAUACAAUCCAAUCAGGGAAUCGUUAGCUAACAAUUGAUAGUGUGUUGUAUGUGUUGUAAAUGUGGUGAAAAAGCCAAGGAUACAAAUAUAAUUGAGUUAAAAACGUUUCCAUUAAAAAGCAAUAACUGUCAAAUAAUGAAUCGUUCUUUUGCAUUUUAUUCCAUCAGUUUUGUACCGUACAGUAAGUUAUCUUCCAUGUCUUUGGAAUGGUUGUUAUCCAUAGUGACCACUAGAUGUCACCAAAGAGUCAAAUAUGGAAAAUCCAAUGGUCUCCUUUAAAUUCAUUUAAUCAAUUGAAUCGUUUUUAGAAUAUGGGUGAAACUAAAUUAAAUUCUUCUGAGAAUGAAUCCAUCGACUGAAA